CCGAGCGGCUUGGCUGAGGGCGAGGAGCUGCGGCUCGCCGCGGGACUGGCCUGCUGUGCCUGCCGCGGUAGCCGCCCCGCGCGCCGUGACCCGUGUCCCCAGACCCCGCCUCCUUCUGGCUCAGCCCGCGCGCCCCAGGCCUGGCCCGGGCGGCGCGACGGGAGGAUGAGCGGCGGACGGCGGAAGGAGGAGCCGCCUCAGCCGCAGCUGGCCAACGGGGCUCUCCGAGUCUCUGUCUGGAGCAAGGUGCUGCGGAGCGACGCGGCCUGGGAGNUACAGGAUGAAUUUUUAGAUGUGAUCUACUGGUUCCGACAGAUCAUUGCUGUGGUCCUGGGUGUCAUUUGGGGAGUUUUGCCAUUACGAGGUUUCUUGGGAAUAGCAGGAUUCUGCCUGAUCAAUGCAGGAGUCCUGUACCUCUACUUCAGCAACUACCUACAGAUCGAUGAGGAAGAAUAUGGUGGCACGUGGGAGCUCACAAAAGAAGGGUUUAUGACAUCUUUUGCCUUGUUCAUGGUAUGUGUAACUGGUACUGGAACUACAGGUCAUUUGGAUCAUCUUCUACACUGCCAUCCACUACGACUGACAGCAUUCAGCUCCUGCCUGUUCCUCCAGUCCCAGGACCUUCUGAAUUCCAGCACAGAAGCGUGAUUGUUGGGGCACCUCAACCCCUUGGAACCUGAAAAGUCCGUGCUUCCUGGACCAUGAAUCGGUGUGUUGGGCGUCAGCGUUUUCUGCAAGGGUUGUGACCUGAAACUUUUAAAAGAGCCAUACACCUUUGAGGGAAGCAGUUCUGAAUUUGUCCAUCACCAACCACUUACUGGAUACCAUCAUGUAACAGCUGUUGGCCGAUUGGAGCUGCCAUUUAAUUUGAUGCGCCUCUGGAUUCGGAUGAAACAUUAAAUUGUCUUCCUCAGGUCUCCAUCAGGUGUACGGUUUUUAAACAAUCAGUGGCAUUUCAAGCCUUCUAAAACAGUAUGGCUGUAUGUGCGUGGUCCAUAGCACAGUACAGGCAACAUCUACUAACAGUUCCCAUUGUAGAAUGUUUUCAGACACUUGAAUAAAUCAAAUCUUUAAUUGAGAA